AUGAAUGAGAGAAAGGACAAGACAAAGGAAAAAGUGUUUGGCGGAAAAACUCUUCUGUUUGGAGGAGACUUUAGACAGAUAUUACCAGUAAUUCGUGGUGGAAGCCGAGAAAAUAUUGUCGAUGCUUCUAUUAGUAGGUCAAGGUUAUGGAAACAUUUCCAUGUAUUUGAGUUGUCUGAGAACAUGCGGUUGUUGAAUGGAAAUUGUAAUUCUGCUGAAAAACAAUCAAUAUCCGAAUUCAGCAAGUGGAUUUUGGAUCUUGGGGAUGGAAAACUACCAGCAAAAGCAAUAGAAGGUGAAGACGAUGAGCCAACUUGGAUUAAGAUACCCGAUGACCUGUUGAUUGAGAGUGGUGAAAAUCCCAUCGAAACUAUAGUUCAGGCCAUUUAUCCUGGAAUGCUUGAUAAAAUUGAGGAUCAGGAUUAUCUAAGGAAGAGGUGCAUCUUAACCCCGAAGAAUGACACUGUUGACCAAAUAAAUGACUACGUGGUUUCCAUGCUUCCAGGUAAAGAGCACGUCUUUCUAAGUUCUGAUUCAAUUAGUCCACAGUCGUACGAUUUUGAAAAUGCAGAGCUGUUAUACAACCAGGAAUAUCUGAAUAGUCAGAAACUAUCAGGAGUACCUAAUCAUGUGCUUCGAUUGAAGCUUAAUGUACCAGUAAUGCUUACAAGAAAUAUAAAUCCAAGUGCGGGUCUUUGCAACUGUACAAGACUUAUUGUUACCAGGAUCAUGGCAAGAACUAUUCAAGUUAAGAUUAUAACUGGAAGUGCUGCUGGUAAGAGUGCUGUAAUUUCAAGAAUAGUCAUACAACCAACAGAGACGCACCUGCCUUUUAUCCUGAGAAGGGUGCAGUUUCCUAUUAAAGUAUGUUUCUCAAUGACAAUUAACAAGAUCCAGGGCCAGAGCAUCGAAAAUGUAGGGAUCUAUCUUCCGAACCCAAUUUUCUGUCAUGGACAGCUCUAUGUUGCAGUCUCCAUAAAAACUAGCCGUGGAUUGAAAAUUCAAAUUGAUAAGACAAAGGAUAUCGUAUCAGAAGGGUAUACUCAGAAUGUGGUGUACAGGGAAAUAUUCAUAAAUUUACACCAGAUCCAGGAAAUUUCAUCUGAUAUGAGUCACUUGGAAGGGGAUCAAGAAACCGAUGAAGAAAUGACACCAUUGAUCGAAGAUAGUGGUGACGAAUUCUCGGCAUUCAACAAUACAGCGAUCGAAGAUAGUGGUGACGAAUUCUCGGCAUUCAACAAUAUAGUGAUCGAAGAUAGUGGUAGUGAAAAAGGAGAUCAAGAGAGUGAUGAAGAAAUGGCAUUGUUUGUCGAAGAUAGUGAUGACGAAUAUUAG